CGGCCUCUGCCUUCCAGGCAUCCCGAGCUGCCCUCGCUCCCAUUCCCCGCCGUCUCAUUUGCCACCUCCCAACGCGUGACCCCGGCGCGUCGCGUCCCGGGCCGGUGUCAGACGCGGGGUGCGCCAAGCGGUCCCAUGUGCCCCCUCCCUCUCGCGGCCGCCGCAGUCACCGCGCCCCGAACCCCGCUCCGGCUCCUCGGCAGAGGGCUCGCCGCCGCCAUGUCUACCGCCCGGCCACUCAAAUCCGUGGACUACGAAGUGUUCGGGAGAGUGCAGGGUGUUUGCUUCAGGAUGUACACUGAAGAUGAGGCUAGGAAAAUUGGAGUGGUUGGCUGGGUGAAGAAUACCAGCAAGGGCACUGUGACAGGCCAAGUGCAAGGCCCUGAAGAGAAAGUCAAUUCCAUGAAGUCCUGGCUGAGCAAGAUUGGAAGUCCUAGUUCUCGCAUUGACCGCACGAACUUUUCCAAUGAAAAAACCAUCUCUAAACUUGAAUACUCUAAUUUUAGUAUUCGAUACUAAUAGGAGAGAAAUUAAAAUUGUAAUGGUUAUACUGUACAAUAGAAUAGACUGUAUUCUUAAGUCUGCAUACUAGUGACAGUAGCAGAAUAGGGUAAAAAAAGAAACUUUCUGUUCUGAAAGCUGCAACAUUACAUUACUAAAAAUGGUUGACAGAGAAAUAGUUUUACUCAACAAUGUUUUUAACAAGCCAAAUUUAGCACUCUAAAAUUUUAAAUGUCAUUAAAAAAUAUUUAAUAUGAAUAUUUUAUUUAAACUUGUCUCAUGGAAUCUUUAAUUCUAAUGAAUAUUAUGACAUACAUGUUAUUUGGCUGGACAUAAAAUAAUAAGUUAACCACUUAAAAAUUAUUUUUGAGUAUUAUCUGAAUUGAGUUCUAAAACCUCUGAAUAAUAAUUUGUUGUUAAAGUUGAAUACUUUGUUUAACAACAGCAAAAUAACCAGUAGUUUGAUAUAAAUGCCUAUGAUGAUCAGCAUAGCCUUAAAAUCAAUAAAGAGUUAACUUUAAACUGA